AUGAGUUCCUAUGUUACAAUCAGAAGUGUCUCAACAGCCGGUAGACGGCCGUCUGAUUCUCAUCUAUCUUCCGAUUCUCAUCUACCUUAUUUCGCAAUAUUGAUAUUUGUGCUGUUUUUAGAAACUACUAAUCAAGAAAGAAUGGAUGCUGCUCUUGCUGACACUACCAACACAAUGACCGGAGAAACCACUGUUCCAGUUGAAAAUAUCAAGACCACCACUACCGAAGAAACAACUCCAACUACUGCUGAAACUUCCACCGCUGCCACCACAGAGCUCACUUCCGAGGAAAAGUCAGUUUUUUCUCCUGAAGAAUUUUAAUCAAAAUUGGUUCUUAUUUCUAGGGCUACACAAUCGAAGAACAACUUGACAUCUGGAAAGCGUCUUUUGUUGAGAAGCGAAUUCAGCAAGGCUGCUGAUUAUAGUUGGACAUGA